AUGCGCGAGCGCAAGAACGAAGCUGAACAAUCCGCCCUAUCCCGAGGAGUGUUGUCAUUUCUUCUCACCCUUGGUCUUGGGUUGGUGGUAACUGCUAUACUGGGCUGUGUCGGUGCUUUGAGAGAAAAUAUUAAGAUACUAUACGUGCAUGCUUGCUUCCUGAUAUUCCUGGUGUCGAUAGAAGUAAUGGUGGGUGUGGGAGGGGCUGUACUCAGUGCGUGGGUGGGUGGAGGAAGCGAGCUUAGGAUGCAAUUUAAUAAAAACGCCACUGUUGAUGAAGAAGGUCCAAACCAAAAGACAUUUUGGGAUAACUUGCAAUCUGAGAAUCAAUGUUGUGGAGUAGAUGGUCCACAGGACUAUGCGAUUCUACAGAUGGAUGUGCCCACAUCUUGCUGCGCGAGCGCACAUCCUCUACGCGAAGGUGGUGCACGACGUCACUUGCAUUCGACUUGUCUUAAUGAUAAAUCCUAUUAUAUGAGAGGAUGCGAGCAAGUUCUGCGACAGAAGAAAAGCUUGAAAGGGAAAAUUUUUAUAUCUACUGGAGUUCUGUUUACGUUAUUGGAGAUCGUCUGCAUUAUCUUAGCUAUAUGGAUGGGAAGAUCGAUCAGAAAUGAACGUCGAAAGCUUCAACAAAAUCUACAAGCACAUUUCGAGUCA